AUGGAGUCUUCUAAUACCAAAAGGCUAGCUCAAAUAGACCCGCUUACCAUUACAGAGUCACUUGGAUUUCAAACAUUCCGCCGAGAGUCAAGAAAGCCAUGGAGUAAAUACGAGGAUAGCGAGUUGAUCCGCGCUAUAAAUGAAUUACACCCCAGUCAAAUCAAUAACUUGGACGCCGAUGUGGUUAAAUGGGACGUAGUAGCUCAAAGGAUGUAUCCCAAUGGCGAACGAAAGCCCAAGGAUUGUCGAAAGAGAUGGUGCAAUUCGUUGGAUCCGAACUUGAAAAAGGGAAAGUGGACUAAAGAUGAGGAUGAGAAAUUGAUCAAAGCUUAUGAAAAACAUGGGGCGUCGUGGCAAAGAGUGUCAAAUGAGAUUUCAGGAAGAACCGAUGACCAGUGCGCUAAAAGAUAUAUUGAGGUGUUGGAUCCUGACACGAAGGAUAGACUUAAGCCGUGGGAACAUCAUGAAGAUCUACAAUUGAUAAGACAAGUUAAAAAUCACGGUACGAAGUGGAGAACAAUUGCGUUAGAGAUUAAAGGUAGACCCUCUUUAACUUGUCGUAAUAGGUGGAGAAAAAUAGUUACUGAUGUUGUUAGAGGUAAAGCGGACCCGAUUAUCAAAAAAGAGGUUGACACCAUUGCCAAUGGUAAUAUCAACGUAUUGGAGAAUAUAGGAAAGGGCAAUACCAGUAAGCCAACCUCUAGUCAUGAAAGUUUAAUGAAUUCAAAACCUACAUCUCAGGCAUCAACUCCAUACCCUUUAAGUGUAUCUUCCCAGCCUACUAGCGUUGAACAACGGGAUAUUUACCUCGCCCAAAGAUCAUAUCCAAAUCAGACCGGCCAGGUCCCGCAGCAAUACCAACAAAGAAUUUCUAGACCGCCGGCUCAAAGUGCAAUUACUAUGCCGGUUAAUAGUGAAGUUGAAUGGAAAUAUACCUUGGAAAGAGAGGAUGGAAAGCCCGAUAACCCAAAUUUACCUCAUGCGGCUUUAUUCAAUGACGAAAAUAAUGGACAAAUUAAAAACCAAGAACUAGUUCAACAGCUUAUUUCGUAUGCUAAGACUUAUGGCUUGAAUAUUACCGUCCAUCAGCAUAUUCAUCAUCAUUAUUCGCAACCGGGUAAUAGACACCUGCAAAAACAACGACAGGCUCCUGAUAUUCAGAAUUAUCCAUAUCAGUCAGUGCAAUCUCCCUUCAGUAUUUUAGGUCUGUCCUCAACUGGCAAUAACAAUGAAUUAGUAAAUGAACCAGGAUUUAACGAUUCAAUCCCUCCAAAUGAAAUGAAUAAAAAUUAUCAAUCUCCAUACUAUCUUGAGCCAGAAACGCAAUUGACAAGAUACCAACAUUUCAAUUAUUUGCCACCUUUAACUGAAGUUCCCAAAUUGAACUCCUCGUCAUCACCUCCAUCAACUACGAAGGAUGCAAAUAAUCCAACUCAUCACCAUCACCACCAUCAUCACCAUCACCAUCAUGAUAAUGAAAACGAGAAUGAAAAGCAAGAUCGAAAGGACCCCUCAAAUAGUAAGGAGUCUGACUUGAUCAAACUAUUAAACAGAUAUAAUAAUGAAACAACCCCAGAGCUACAAGAGAGAAAUAAGAGAGCCAUGGUAUCUACCGAAUCAACACCGCCAGGUUCUAAUUCCUUAACCCCACUAACACAAGCGGUGGAAAUGGCGGCUGCGGCCGAAGCUGGAGGAAAAAUCCCGUCUAAUUCUCGUAAGAGAUCUAACACCAAUGCCUACCAGAACAAAUCUAAACUGCAAAGAAAUGAAAAGGAAUUAGAGGAUGGUAUAGACUUUUGGGAUAACAUGAAAAACUUAACGGAUUUACCAAACCAGCAAUCCCAGCAGAUAGCUCAACCCCAUCAACUAACUCAGACUCAGCAAUUAGCUCAAUCCCAACAGGAGAACCAACUGUCCAGUCAAAAGCCAGUUUCGCAACACCAAUCGUCAAAUAUGUUUUCAAACAAUACUUCCGACCAAGCAUUGGCAAAGCCGCUGUCAGUCAUUGAUUCUAAUCCAAAUAUUAAUAAAACUACUAAUAACGAUAUUAAUGAUCCACCCUAUGAAGAAGAAGAAGCGGUAGGCGAAGAAGAUUACGGACUAUUUUAUAACGUUUUCAAUAAGGAAGGUUCUUCAACUACACAAACGAAUAAUGAUACAGAGAACCAAAAUAAUGGCUCUGUAUAUGAUAACUUGAUAAGUAUAUUCGGUAUGAUUCCUUUUAAUCCUUCCUAA